UCCCGUGUCCCUGCCUCACCCCUACAGCCGUGUCCUCCCCGAGAGAAGCAGUGAACCCUCACACAGUCUCUCAACUCCGCCGGUCCCAGGCUGGUGCGUCCCGUUGCGAACAGCACCGCACACUUUCCAAAACUGCACACUUCACACGCGCGCUCCGGAUUUCUCCAAACCUCAGGGCUACUGGAGGGAAAGAGAGCUACAACUUUACGAGUCAAUAUGUUUCAUGUGUGGGUGAGAGAGGAUCGGUGACAGGAAGACUCGGGGGAGUUAUCAGGAACGAGGACGAGUCUUGGCUCCCCCACCCCUCAAGCAGUUUGCGCAAGGUGAAACAGCAGAGGCUUCUGUUGUGGCUGAUUGGCCGGACGGCUACAUGGAUUUCUUCACCAGCUGUCACUUAUGAUGUUACAUAUUACUCUUUGAGCUCGUGUUAGUUGUUCCCUUCUUCACUUCCCUCCCAAACUUCAGCCAGUGGAUCAUUUUGAGAGCGACAGGAUGGGAUCGCAGACCGGGGCAGCUCCGCAGAAAAAGACGCUCCUGUGGUUCAUUGUAGUGUGUCAGUGUGUGUCGGCACUGGGGUGUGGACCCCACUAUGAGUUUGCCAUCGACAAGUACUGCCUGGCCAAAUUCGGAAUGGACAUGGAAGAGCUGGACGAGAGACGCUGGUGUAGCUGGGAGGACACAGUCGAACUCUAUGGCGAGCUGACAAACUGCACGUUCGUGGUGGCGCUGCAGAUGGAGUGCUACUGGCCCAACAGGCUGGUGGAUGAGUUCUUCAUCCGAGUCCACAAGCACUACUUCCACGACUGCUCGCUAUCUGGACGGCUUCUCAAGGACCCACCCAACCACAUCCUGGGUCCCUUUAUUGUAGUGCCCAUCCUGGUCACCCUCCUCAUGACGGCCCUGGUGGUGUGGAGGAGCAAACGCAGUGAGGGGAUUGUGUAGUGAGGGGAAGGAGGGGUUCAGCAGGACGCCAGGGUCACAAGACUGAAGAUUCACACCUGGAAGCUUAACAAGAUCAACUCAGAAGCUAUUUGAGUGAUGACUGAAUACACUGACACCAAUAUAAAGCCUUUGCAGCUCAGAUCUAUAGUUACACCAAACAUGGAACGUGGAACUUCUCACCUGAAUCCUGGAUUGAACCUGAACCAGCAUUGUUACUGGUGGAAAGUGUAAAUAUUAAAAAAAAAACUUUAUUGAGAGCUGCUUCAAAGAAUUUUGGAUGUAGUGAAAAUGCUACUACACAUACAAGAACAACUACUUUUGUUCCACGGAAACAACUAUUACCUACAGCCAAACAGGAAUGAAACACAGUGCUGGACUUUCCCAGAAGACCUGUUUUACACGCUGGCUAGGAUACAGAAGGGCAGUUCUGUUAGGGAACCAAGGUCAGAUUUUAUGUACAUACCUAAAUUGUAAAUAUACACAGUAUGUACAAUAUGAGAUUAAUCUGUCAGUGGAUUGUCAGAAUAUCUUUGUCACACAAUCAAGUGAACAAACCAUAGUACACUAAAUUAAUUUCUCAGAAAUUUUGUUUCCAUGUGAUACAAACUGAUUUAAAACUGAUUUUAACAGAUGUGUAUUAUAUUUGAAAUAUACUCUGAAUCAUGCAGAUGGCUUAUGUUCACGCUAUCAAGUUAUGGUUGGAGUAAAACAUGUCUGUUUUUAGUUUUUAUUUCUUUUCCUCUGCUCAUAUCCGACACCCUGGCAUCAUGUCCUCAAUCUCUUGGCAUACCCACGGCUCAGUCUCUCUUCUGAAUGGGAAAACGAAGAUAUGUUUCUAUAGCAUAACGCACACUGAACCCGCUCGAAAAAUGCAGGCGGCAAAGAUGUCACAGACUAAAGAUUGGCAGAUGUGCAGUACAGGUGAGAGACAGCACAACACAGAGCGGACGAUCACCACGCAGGGGUCGAGGCCCCAAUUUGUACGGGCUGUGAUGAUAAAAUGUUCUGCAGCUUCCGUCGUCCAUCACCAAGGACACUAAAAUGAAGAAAUGCCAGCGGACACAGAUGGAAAUGGUUGAGAGUGAAGCCUUUGAAGGUCAACAUACACAGGCAGAAGUUUAGGGACUGCAGACAGUUAAUUAACCAAAAAUUCUCAGUUCUUUUCAGAUUUUUCUUGCUCAAACACCUCUGUUAUCCAUGUUUUGUUUUACCAUAUAGAAAAACUCAAUCCCAGCAAUGAUUGAUUAUAUCCAAUUGAAUGAAAGAAUGAAAAAUAGAACAAAGCGUGAAAAAUUCACAGUGGAAGUCCAACUACAGAGAAAACAUAAGGCAAUGGAUUAGCCAACGCACAUCUCUUCUGAACAUUGCCUCAGCCUAAAGCAAAGUUUGUGUAUCAUGGACCUUAGGUUUCUAUUGAUUUAUGAUCUUCCAGUAUGCUAGAGUGUGCUGUGUGAACUGUUUUCUCAUUGAUAUUUUUGAAUGCUCUCUUUGCUUUAUAGAUUCAUUGACCUGUAACCUGCCUGUCAGAAAAAAAAACACACCCACACUUCCCCAUCAUGAUCUUACUUUGUGCUUUGUGCCAAAAGCUCUUGGAAAACAAAGGGCAAUGUUUGCUAUGAAAUGUCUAAUUUUCUUGGCGUGACUUAAAUGUUUGAAUUCUAAAAUCUAUGAUUUGAGGAAAAGUUAAAUAAAAUGUCUGAUUAAUGUGUCUGAUACACUGAGGAUUGGCACCUGUGUUUCUCAUGAGUUAGAGAUGGUACAAAAGGCUUUUGUAUAUUAUGUGUAAAUAUGAAUAAUGAAUCAUUCAUCUGCAUUAAUGUAUGCAUGGCGCACAACACUGAGUCAUAAUGAAUGCACUGGGCUCAAGCCCCCGUGUCAUUUACUGAAGUGUGAAAAAUAUGAGAAAGGAUAAAACUAUAUUUAGUAAAGUGUAAACAAAACGAA